AUGUGUACUAAACUAAAUAAUUCAUUACGAAAUAAACAGGGCGCGUUCGGAUAAUAUUUAACUUCGACUCCAUAUGGAUUCAUGAAAUGAGAUAUUCCUUUAAUUUCAACAUGGGCCUCCUCGAGUUCGAGAAGUGGUCGAACCAGGACGUGUUCUCCGAGAAGUCCCGGCUCUGCGCCAAGCUCCGCGGCCUGACGCCCGGUCAGCGACGCGUGUGCCGACGGCACCGCGACCAUAUGACGGUGGUGGGAGAUGGCGUCAAGCAGGGGAUAAGGGAGUGCCAGUACCAGUUCCAUCAGAGAAGGUGGAAUUGUACUAUCAUGAAGGAUGAGACGGUGUUUGGACCUCUCACUCUUAUAGCGUCUCGAGAAACCGCCUUCACACACGCUAUCACGGCCGCUGGCGUGUCGUUAUCGGUGUCGCGCGCGUGUCGCGACGGGCGACUGGCGAGUUGCGGAUGCAGUCGGGCCGCAAGACCGAGGUCGCUGCAUUCCGACUGGGUGUGGUGCGGAUGCGGCGAUAACCUGGAUUACGGGUACAAGUUCACCGAAGAUUUCGUGGACAUUCGGGAAAGCGAGCGGAAGGUCAAGCGAGGCAGCCGGGAACAAGGCAGACAACUUAUGAACAGGCAUAACAACGAGGCAGGACGACGGGCAGUAAUCAAGAAGUCCCGGGUAACCUGCAAGUGCCACGGAGUGUCUGGUUCAUGCAGUCUGGUCACCUGUUGGCAGCAGUUGGCCUCCUUCCGUGAGAUCGGCGAUUACCUCCGAGACAAGUACGAAGGUGCUACCGAAGUGAAAGUGUCCAGGCGAGGCAAACUACGGCUAAGCGACCCCCGGUACAGACUGCCCACGGCCCAGGACCUAGUCUAUUUGGAGCCAUCACCUGAUUACUGCGUGAAAAAUGACUCGCUGGGUUCUCUCGGCACAUCAGGACGCGAGUGUAACCGAACUUCAGCGGGCAUGGACGGCUGUGCCCUCAUGUGCUGCGGCCGAGGUUACAACACUAAGAAGCUCACGGUCAAGGAGCGAUGCCACUGCAAGUUCCAUUGGUGCUGCAGGGUGGAGUGUAACACCUGUAUUAGGACCGUCGAGAUCUAUACUUGCAAAUAAGAUGUACUUGCAAAAUAGACUCGGUUACAAACACAAAAUUGCAUACGGGACUUAAUCGCGAAAGUUAUAUUCCGUGAAUAUUUCUCACUUGAUGGGUUCAUCGUAAAAUCAGCGCUGGAAGUCACCAUCAGCAACAUCUCGGAUGUCGGAAGGAGUUCAAUGGAAAAAAAUCCAAGAUGGCGCCUGUAAUGAAUGGGAUAUCGGUCCGACAUCCGAUAUCGGAUCAGAAAAUGUAAAAACGCACUAAUUUAAGUACUCGUCCCGUUUGCAAUAAUUUAAGUACAGAGUAAAAACCGUGAAAAUUUCAAUCAGUGUCAGUCUCUGUUACAUUAGAAAUAGCGGUUGUUCCAUGUCAUAAAUGUUGCGGUCGAGAGUAAAACAUCGUCGUUCGGACUAUGAAAGGCAACAUCGGAGGACCCUACAUUGAACACCGAUGUUCAGAAAUUGCGGUUCUGUAUCUGGGCAUUUUCAGAAUUUGGGACCCCCCAAUUACUAAGCGUAAGUUGUUAACAAAAAUUAACUCACCGUCAGUUUUGAGACGAUAGUAAUUAAACAUGAAACUUCAAUUCAAACAUUUUGUUUUUGUGUUAAUGACAUAAACUUUAAGCGAUAAUCUACAUUCAGAAAGUGAAAAAAGUAAAUUUUUAGACAGAUUUUAUGCUUAAUUGUGGUCACAAAACUGACAGCGACUUAAUUUUUGUUAACAACUUACGCUAAUUGGGAUCCCAAAUUCUAAAAAUGACCGUCUAUCGUCUAUCUAUUGAAGUAAAAGUACCGUACUUACGUAGUUUAUAGAUAUGAUAUAAGUAAUAAGAUGCCCGAUACUUGUGAAUCUCGGUGCUCACUGUAGAAUCUCUAUUAAUAAAUUUAGCUUUACUUACUUAGUGCAGAAGAUAUAAGACCGACAGACACACAAUAAUAAGUACAUAUUAAGUAAUGGAUGUAGAUAUUUAUGCUCACUAUCCCAUGACAAUUGUCAUGCUUAGGUACAUUGAAUGUCAGUUGUAUUAAUUAAGUAAGUAUUAGUGUAAAUACGUAAGUUAGUAAUUUAUUCGUAGAAAUCUUUUAAAAUAUAAAUAACAAUUCCAAGAAUUACAGACCUAAUUUGAAAUCAUAAUAUGCUGAUUGCUGACCAUUUUGGAUCAUUCCACGAAAUAGUGAAAAUAACGUAAGUCACCAUUUUAUUUAUUUUUCCCCUCACUAGCUCGGAAACACGUAUUUCGUCCUUUAAUACCAUGGUGUAAAAACGCAUUUUAUCCACUAGUGGGUAAAGUAAUUUAACCUUGAAUAAAGACAA